AAUAUUUUUCUCUCGUCGUCAGUCGUCACAGCAAAAGAAGUCAGCAGGCAGCGCACGAAGCAAAUCCUAGAUCUUUUUUGUUCGUUCAACUCGGAUUUUAAUUCUAAGUGCGCGUACUUGGUUCGAACAAAGAGAAAACAGUGCUUCUCCUUCAAUUAGUCUCAUCGCGUCGCGGGUUUGCUGUGGUGGCCGUGAAAAAAGGUGCUUUUCCAAACGAGUGAUUUCCAAAAGAUUGUGCAACGUAAUUACCAGGGCCAGGUUUCGGAUUAGCUGAGCAAACAGACGGUUCCUGUUGGCCCACCAUCUAGCACCCCCGAGGGAAGAAAGCAGCCACAAUGUCGUACGCGUACUUGUUCAAAUACAUCAUCAUAGGCGACACAGGCGUCGGCAAGUCCUGCCUGCUGCUCCAGUUCACCGACAAGCGCUUCCAGCCGGUCCAUGACCUGACGAUCGGGGUCGAGUUCGGCGCCCGGAUGAUCACCAUCGACGGCAAGCAGAUCAAGCUGCAGAUUUGGGACACGGCCGGCCAGGAGGCGUUCCGGUCGAUCACGCGCUCGUACUACCGCGGGGCGGCCGGCGCCCUGCUCGUGUACGACAUCACGCGCCGCGAGACGUUCAACCACCUGACGACCUGGCUCGAGGACGCCCGGCAGCACUCCAACUCGAACAUGGUCAUCAUGCUGAUCGGCAACAAGAGUGACUUGGAUUCGCGCCGUGAGGUCAAGAAGGAGGAAGGUGAGGCGUUUGCCCGGGAGCACGGGCUGGUGUUUAUGGAAACGUCGGCUCGUACGGCGGCGAACGUGGAGGAGGCGUUCAUCAACACGGCGAAGGAGAUCUACGAGAAGAUCCAGGAGGGCGUGUUUGACAUCAACAAUGAGGCUAACGGCAUCAAGAUUGGCCAGCAGCACUCGCCAACCAACCCAUCCCUCGGCAGCGGCAACAAUCCGGGCGGUCAGUCGAGCAGUGGUUGCUGUUAAAUGUGAUGGUUGCCAAAUCGAAAAAGAAUAAAACCCACACACACACAUAUAGCAAACAAACAAACCAACAGCUACAACCACACACAAUCACCACACCCACUAACACAAACACACCGCGUACACCCGUGCCCGUGAAAUCGUGACAAAAAGUGUGAUUCUUGGACGCGCGCGCGCAGCAUGUUUGUGUGUGUUGUGUAAACGGGACGUGAUUUUGCACGCGUGGUAAGAAAAUACAAUUUAACAACCCCUUUUUUUAAUUUUUAAAAAUACAUACAACAAAAAACACACUAACUAAAACGUUUAAACAAAAAAGACCAUACAAAGUGAGACAAAACUGAGUUGCAGUUUGUGCGCGGAAAGAAGGGGCAGCAAAAAUCGGCUGAUUUAAGUUCAAUUCGCUCAUCGUACGAUCACGAAAAUUAGGCAACAAGAUUGACUAAUUGAUAAACGUUCUUAAGAAACAGCAAACAAACUCUGAUGCAUGUUUAGUACUAUAUCUUGUAAUUUAAAACAAAAAAAAGAAGUAAAUCUCUACCAAUUAAACCAACAAACAACCAACCAACACAACUAUUGAAUUUUUCUAGCGUAAGCCGAAUUUGCUACUUGCAAUUUUCCAUCGGAUUCUUGAAAAUAGAUGAACAACAACUACAAACAAAAAAAAAGCUUUUACCAAAUAGAGUUUCCAUUUGUUCUGUUUUUAAAAUAAAAGAAUCAAUCACACACAAGCGCAUUCCACGACGAGAAAAAAACGUGUUUCUUCCCUUGCCCCCCUCCUUCAAAACAAUAGUAAGACAACACUCGAUUGAAACCUCCCUCACAAUUAAUUGGUAAACACAAUCGGUAUGCGGAAGAUGAUGAUGAGAUUUAUAAACCUAAUUACUAUUGAUCUAUUCGAAAAAAAGAAAUAAAAGCAAACAAGCUUGUGGUGUGUGUGCAUUAAUUGUCGCGUAUAUUUUAAAACAACAAACAUGCUUAAAAUUGGAAACGUUUUUUUUUUUUGUAAAACCCUUAGAUGCGAAAUUUUAUUUUGAUUGUUUAUUAGUUAUUUUGUUUUCCCUUAGAUAGAGAGAUUCGGAAGAUUUUAAGUUGCAGCAAGCCACCAUCAUUGGGAGAAUUAUGUUGUAAAUUGCACUUACGGUUACUUUUCAGUUGUGAUCAAUUUAAAGUAAACUAAAAACAUAAACUAUGGAUAAUAUAAUUAUUACUGAUAUAA